AUGCCCUACUAUGCAAUUUGUGACGGCAGAAAGAUAGGCGUUGCCCUGAGCUGGGAAGAAUGUAAAUCUUAUGUUUCUGGAUACAGCAAUGCUUGGUACAGGAAAUUCGACACCAAGUCUGAAGCGAGGGAUUGUUUUACCUCCAAUAUGUACCUGUCAGAUUCAGAAGACGAUUACCUGUCUUAUGGCAAAAAUUUUGACAGAAAUUUUGAAAUGGAACAUAUUUACAUUGACGGAGCUUGUAAGAGAAACGGAAUGGCUCUGCAACGUAAAACAGGAUACGGCGUCUUUUAUGGAAAUGGUGAUGUGCGUAAUGCAGCUGUUUCCUCGUCAAAUGCUGAUAAACUAUCAGGAACCAACCAAAGAUCAGAAUUGCGCGCAUUGUAUCACGCUAUCAUAAAUAUUGUCAAUGACAUAAAUGAUGACGGUACCACUAAGGCGUACACCAUUCAUACAGACUCGAAGUAUGUCAUCAGGGCUUCUGGGAUCUGGGCCAAGAAAUGGAAAUCUAAUGGCUGGCGUACAACCACUGGGCGUGUUGUGGCUAAUCAAGAUCUCAUAAAGAGGAUAGUCUUUUAUUUGAAAGAAAUCAACGAGAGACUUGCAAAUAUUGGCUUGCCUCCAGUAAAAAUUGAGUACGUUCCUGGCCAUGCUGGCAACCACGGAAACGAAAUGGCAGAUAAAUUGGCUAACAAGGCAGCUGACGAGGAUGGAGAACCAUACUGGCUUUGA